AUGUGGGGCCGCAUUAUUGCCCCGCACGGAAACAACGGUCACGUACGCGCGAAAUUUCGCAAUCAGUUGCCACCGAAUUCCAUCGGAAAGGGCGUUCGCGUCAUGCUUUACCCCAGUACAAUUUAA